AUGAGUAGAAAAAGUGAAUUAGCUUUGCAAAUGGAAAAAGCUAAUAUCUUUGGAAAAAGCAAAAGAUCUGAUACAUCUGAAAUUGGUAAUAAAUACUAGGGUGAUGUUAAAAAAAGUAUUUUAGAAAGCUAGCAAGAUCCAUUAAGUUAAGGUUAGAGAUAGAAAUAUAAAAGUGAAAAAGAAUAGUAAAAGAAUCAAGAUUAAAACAUUUUAGGGUUUUUUUAAGAAGGAACAAAUGAUAAAGAAAAUUAUUCAAGUGAUGAAGAAAAAGCUAAGAAACUUAAAGGAACUGUUUCUCAAAAAGAUAGAGAUAAACUUGAAAAUGAAUUAAAUAAAAAAAGACUUAAAUCACCAGCUAAACCCUAUAAUUGGAAUAAAUUGAAUGAUCGUGAAAAGACUGAUGCCUUUGUUACUACUUAUUAGCAUAAUUUACAAUUAAAAUCUAGAUAAAAUGAUUUAGAAAAUGAACUAAAAAAGAUGAUGACUCAGCUUUCUCACAUUAAAAAAGAUCUUCGCUACAACUCUAGAAAUCUUUCUUAAGGAGACACAAAAGGUUUGGAUUCUUUUGAUCAUGUUGAAAUUGAAAAUUUAAAAAUUGAAAACUCAAGAUUAAAAUAAAAAAUAGAAGCUUUGGCUUCAGUUAAAAGUGUCAUUAAUCAAAAAUAAAAAGUGGCUUCGCAAAAUAAAUUAAUUAAAGCGAUUAAAUAACAAGAAUAAGAAAGAAAUAUGGCUGCAUUAUCAGAAGAAGAAAGAUAAAAACUAAGUGACAUGUUAAAGGUUAUUGACAAUUAUAAAAUCUAAUUGAAGGAGAGUGAAUAGUAAAUUAAAAUGCUAUAAGACUAAGUGCUCAAGUAAGAUAAGGGCCACUAAAGAGUGACUGAAGCCUAAGUCAGAAUUACAGAUUUAUAAAAUAAAUAAGAAGUCAUAACCUCUCAUUAUGAAUAGAAUAGAAUUGCAUUAUAAAAUUGCUAAGCUUAAUUAAAGCAAGCAUAAUUAGCUUAGUAAAAAGAAUAAAUGUAUAACUAAGAGUUAAAAACAGAAAUAGAUAUCUUGAAGAAUGAAAUCAAGCAUUAUGAAAAAUUAGAAGAUGAAUUAACUACUGUCAAAGCUAAAAAUAACACUUUAGAAAAGCAGCUUCAGUAGCUUGCUAUAGAUCCAUUAUUUAGAGACUUCAAAGAUUAAUCAAUUAAUGAGGUUAGAUUAAGAGAAAUACGUGAAGAAAAUUUUAAAAUUAAAGAAGAAGUAAGGAAUCUUAAAGAAAUGAAUGAUAAUUUAAAUGAGAAGCUUAAGUUUGUUGAAAAAUAAAACUUGGAAUUAACAGAUGAGCUUUCUAAAAAAAGACAAGAAUUUGUUUAAGUUAAAACAGAAUUAGAAAUACUUCGAAAGGGAUCUCUAGCAGGAGAAAAGCUCUCUGAUUUCUAGCAAUCUGAUUUCAUAGAUGCUUUGGGAUUAGUUAAGUGGGAUGGUAAAGAUCCUAAAUGGAGACACUUAGAGCUAACAGAGAAGAAUAGAGCAGAUGAAGUUUAUGCAAAGAUUGGAGAUAACCCUGUUGAGCUAAAGAAAAAAAUAUAGCACUUAAUUUUAGAAAAGGGUGAACUUGGUUUGCAUUUAGAAAGAUAAGCAACCAUGCUUCGUACAAAGAUAGAAAUAGAUAGAGAGAAAGAAAGAUUGCAUAAAUUGGAAAUAGAUUAGCUCAAUGAACAGCUCAGAAUUUAAAAAAGUAAGGCAGAAGAAUUAGCUAAGUUAGCCUCAAUUAAAGGAUACAUGGUAGAUGAUUAAAAAGGACCUACACACAUAUAUGAGAUUGAUAAUGUAAAGUAUGAUAAGAAUGUUUAAGAAUUCAUUACAGAAGAUCAUGCCGAAGAGGAACUUGGACCUGGAGAAAAUUUCUUUGAUAUAUUUAUUGGAAGUGUAGAUUUAGAUGAAAAUAUUUGCUAGAGAUAAUCAGAUACUAUUUUGAAUAUGUAGGAAAUAAUGACAUUUUUUACUGUAGAUUUCUAUAAUCAUGACACGCAGCAUACCACAAUAGUUGAUGGAAAGAAAAAUAGUUACAACUUUUAGGCAACAUUUAAGGUAAAAGUAGAUGAUUUCUUUAUAACAUUCCUCAAAGAAAAGUAUCUUAAAUUAGAACUGUACCACGUUUAGCAAUAAAAUGCUAUACUCUUUGGUACUGCUAAUGUACCUCUGGGAUAGUUGAUUAGUGAAAAUACUUCUCCUUCAAUUAGUGCAGUUAUUGAGCAAACAGUUAAAGUAAGGGCCACUCGUGGAAUGUCCUAAGAUUAGUUUAUUGCUUGUUUAAAUAUAAAAUAUAGAAUGAGAUACCCUAUCAACAGAAAUAUUGAAUGGGCUUCAGAAAAAAUGAAGUUUAAUACUUAAAAGGUUAAAGAAGAAUAAGAAAAGGAAAUGUUUAAGGAGUAUUUGAGAAAAAGAUUAGUCAUUAAAAUAGACAAGGCUUAAGGCCAUGGUUUUAUGCAUUAAGAUUAACUCUUUGUCUUCUUUAACUUUAUGGGUAAAGAUUACAUAACACCUAAUUAAAUGGGACCAAACCCUAUCUGGAAUUACGAAAAUGUCAUUGAUGUAGUAGUAGAUGAAAACUUCCGUUCUAUGUGUAGAAAUGAUGGCCUGAAGUUUAUUGUAUUCAAUGAUUAAGUGGAUAACUUAAACCACAAUCAAGAAGAAUAUAUGGAAGAAGAUAUUUUAGGUUCAGGUGUUUUAAAUUUGAAUAAUUUAAUAGAUGGUGAUGUUAUCUACCCUGUAGUUAAAAUAAUGGGAAAAACCUCCAGAGGUGUAACUGAAGAAAAAGGAUAGCUCCAUGUAUUGGUUUACUGGUAUGAAGGAUGGGGAGAAGACUACAAGCCUAAAUAUGAGCAUAUGCUCCUAGCUCGUGAUUGGGAAAAUAAAAUAUCAAGAACGAUUGCAGACUCUCUUAGAUCUAAAGGUCUCGCACUCACUACAUCAUAUUAUGUUAUGAACAGAGACUAGGAUGAGUACAUAUCUAAAGAUGACUUCUACUCUACUGUAAGGGAAACUCUUGGCUUAAAAAUACCUGACGAGGAACUUGAUAUUUACUAUCACAGACUUCCUUAACCAUUCACUAAGUAGAAUUUCGAAAGUGUUUUCAGAAACUAUUUAAUUGACACAUCAGGUUACACAGAAGAUAUUCUUUUAGAAAGAGAAUUAGAGAAAAGAAGGUAAUAAUAAAAUUUGGGUAGUUACGAGCCAACAUCCAUUAUGCUUAAAAUGAAGAACUUGUCUUUGGAAGAUAGAAGAAAUUAUGAAAGAACACGUAUAAAAGUUUGUGCUCUCCUUUCUAAAAAGCUCUAAAAUAAGACUGUUAAUUAAAUUUUCAAAGAAAUAGACGAUGAUGGUAAUGGAUAAAUUAGCUUAUUUAAUCUAAGUAAUUAUCUCACAUUCUAAGGAUGGAAAAUCUCUAAAGACGAAAUUCAAACUUUCUUAAAAGUAAUCGAUUUUAAUAAAGACGGAUAAAUUAGUUUAGAAGAAUUCAAGCAAUUUAUUUACAACUCUGAAGGCCAAAAUUAGGGAAGUAUUGAUUAGAGAUAGAUAGAUCACUUUAUAUCAACAAUAAAAUAAAAGAUAUUGCAUUACCUGAAGCAGCAAAAACUUUCAUUUUAAGAUCUUUUCAAACUUAUUGAUAAUGACAGAAGUGGUACUAUAUCUAAUAUAGAAUUGAUGAUUUUCUUGUCAGAAAAGCUCAAUAUCAAGCUCAAAUUUGAAGAAAUUUAAAUUAUUACAUAUAACUUUGAUAAGAAUAAUGAUGAUCAAAUUGAUUUGUUUGAGUUCAUUGACUCAUUGAAAGUAGAAGCUUAAAAGCAUCAAGACAAAUAUGAUUCUAUUUUUACAAAAGAAAAGAAUAUAGUCUCUACUAUUGAAAGCAUAUGCAUUCAACUCAAUAGUUAUAUGGUUUAAAAUAAGAAAACAAGAGGUGAUCUAUUUGAUCUUUUUGAUUCAAAUAAUGAUAAAUUUAUUUCAGAGAUGGAAACUAAGAAAGCAUUUGCUGAAAUGAAUAUUAAAGUCUAACCUAAUGAAUUAAAGGAAUUUUAUGAAUUCCUUGAUACAAAUAACGAUAAAAAGGUUUCUAUCAAAGAGUUUAUAUCAACUCUCAAAAAUGAACUCACAAGGCUAGAAAAGAAAGGAAUGCUGAACAAACAAAUAGAAAGAAAUACUCCUGAGCCUUCUUCUCUUCAAUAAAGCGAAAUCAGAUAAGGUCAAGGUAGCAUGCUUUCAAGUUAAAAUAUGAAAUUUGGAGCAAGAGAUUCAGCUAUUUCAGUAAGCUAGCAAGAUCCUGAUGAUUAACUAAGUCAAAAAUUCAGUAAAAAUGUUAAGAAAUACAAGUCGCUUUAUGAAUAAGAGUUCAAAAAGAAAUCUGUUGGUAGAGAUUGGGUAUCUGUUGUUGACUUUUAAAAGACAAUUAAAGACGUUUCAAAAGACGAUUUAAGUGACAAGGAAAUAAAUCAUUUAGUUAGGAGAGUAGUCAAAUAGAAUGAUAGAGGAAAUAUAAUUUAUUAAUCUUUCUUAUCUUUGGACUAGUAAAGUCAAAGAAUUUCAAUCAGUGAAAAUCCAAAAGAGUAAUUAACAAAAUAAAUAUUUAGCAGGAUAGGUCGUAUUUUAAGAGAAAAAAGGAUAGAUUAUUAGCAUGCUUUUGAAAGAAUUGAUAAAGAUAGAAAUAAUUCUAUUUCUCUUUCUGAAUUUAAGUCUGCUUUUAAGUAAAUGAGCUUAAAUUUAACAGACGAAGAACUUGAAGAUAUGUAUGCUUAUGUUGAUAGAGAUGGGAAAAACGGAAUUACUAUUGAGGAAUUUGCAUCUGUAAUGUUCAAGUCUUAAUUCUGA